AUGUCCACUUCCCAAGCUCUCAGCGCUGAGGAUAAUCCCGACCCUGGCCCCGAUCCUAGCACUGUCACUGACACUGGCAAUAGCGCUGGCACUGGCACUGGCUCCACGCCCCAGUGCAGCUACUGGAGAGCACGUGGUUCCAACGAGCCCCCGAUUUUCGCCACACCCACCAAAUUUCUUUGUGACUGCCCAAACCACCGCGUGUGGCAGUGGCCCCUCGGGCAUGCCGAGCUGAUAAUUGCCCCCUGCGCAUUCAGAUGUCCCUACUGUAGGGAAUUCAACAAGGUCAAUCGGACAAGGCUGAUGGCCUCAAACCUCCGUCGCCACAUCACCAAGACGCACAUUGAGGGGGCCCCUUUUGUGUUUGGCACUCUUGUUGUCGCGCCGGGAAUGCAAAGAAGAGGUUCGUAA